AUGAGUCUCGAUAUUACCAUCACAGGGUGGCAGACGCGCGAUGUGCGCUUCCCUACUUCCCUGGACAAGACCGGUUCCGAUGCCAUGAACGCUGCUGGUGACUACUCUGCCGCCUACUGCAUUCUCGAGACCGACUCCAAGUACUCUGGCCACGGCAUGACCUUCACAAUCGGACGAGGAAACGAUAUCGUCUGCAAGGCCAUCGACUACCUGGUUGAGAGAAUCAAGGGCAAGAAGCUGUCAGACCUCGUCUCAAAUUGGGGCCAGACCUGGAGAUACCUCGUCAACGACAGCCAGCUGAGAUGGAUCGGUCCUGAGAAGGGUGUCAUCCAUCUGGCCCUCGGCUCCGUUGUCAACGCCAUCUGGGAUCUGUGGGCCAAGGUCCUCGGCAAGCCUGUCUGGCGCAUCGUCGCCGACAUGUCUCCCGAGGAGUUUGUCGCCUGCAUUGACUUCCGUUACAUCACCGACGCCAUCACCCCCGAGGAGGCCAUCCAGCUGCUCAAGGAGCAGGAGCCCACAAAGGCACAGCGCAUCAAGGACGCCGAGAACAGCCGCGCCGUUCCGGCCUACACCACCAGCGCCGGCUGGCUCGGCUACGGCGAGGACAAGAUGAAGGGCCUCCUCCAAGAGACCCUCGGCAAGGGAUACCGCCACUUCAAGCUCAAGGUGGGCAGCAGCGUCGAGCAGGACAAGAGGCGCCUGAGCAUCGCCCGCGAGGUCAUUGGCUACGACAGCGGCAACAUCCUCAUGGUCGACGCCAACCAGGUUUGGUCCGUGCCCGAAGCCAUCGAGUACAUGAAGCAGCUCAAGGAGUUCAAGCCCUGGUUCAUCGAGGAGCCCACCUCCCCCGACGACAUCCUCGGCCACAAAGCCAUCCGCGAGGCCCUCAAGCCCUACGGCAUCGGCGUCGCCACCGGCGAGAUGUGCCAGAACCGCGUCAUCUUCAAGCAGCUCCUCAUGUCGGGCGCCAUCGACAUUUGCCAGAUCGACGCCUGCCGCAUGGGCGGCGUCAACGAGGUCCUCGCCGUCCUGCUCAUGGCCAAGAAGUUCAACGUGCCCAUCGUCCCCCACUCGGGCGGCGUCGGCCUGCCCGAGUACACCCAGCACCUGAGCACCAUCGACUACGUCGUCGUCAGCGGCAAGCUCUCCGUGCUCGAGUACGUCGACCACCUGCACGAGCACUUCCUCAACCCCUCCGUCAUCAAGGACGGGUACUACCAGACACCCACCGAGCCCGGCUACAGCGUCGAGAUGAAGGCGGACAGCAUGGACCAGUACAGCUACCCCGGCAAGCAGGGCGUCAGCUGGUGGACCAGCGACGAGGCUAAGCCCAUUAUUGAGGGAGAGAAGAUUUAA